UACAAGCAUGGCAUCUGCAAGCAGCUCUGCACAGGCUGCCUUCGGGCUGGGCCGGAGGAAGAAGAACCCCGGCCUCCUGGAUCAGAUUGGAAAGUUCUUUGGAGGAGACAAGAAGAGGAAGAGCAAGGGAUCUUUCCGAGGUGCUCUGUCUCCAGGCCCUCAGAAAUCCUCUGCCACUUCCCCACGUAAGCGCGGAGCAGAGAACGCUGUGGUCCAUUUCUUCCGCACGAUCGUGUCCCCCGCCCCUCCCAAGUCUAGGUGGAGAGGACUAGCAGCCAAGAUAGGCCUGGGUGACCAGAAGUCACAGUCUGCUAAAGCCAAGAAGGCCAGUGCAGGGGACGGCAAAGGCACCCUGACUAGGAUCUUCAAAAUGUGAUGAUAUCAGCAGCAGAGGAAGCAGGAGUGCUUCUCCAGCCAAACGCUGAAGGCCCUCUCCAACACCUCUUCCAACAGGACGAGGGCAGGCGUUCAAGAUCGCGGGACUAAAGUGGGGAAAAAGAGGAAGAAAAGGAGGAAAUCUUGUCACCCCCUUAAACUCACCUUUCCCUCCACUUCUGAUAACACUCUAACGUAUGCUAAAUCCCUCAUCUACCCUAUUACCUCCCUGCUCCUUUGGCUGGUAGAUAGCGACACAAUCUGUUGCCCCCAACCCCCCCUGCAUGCAUUGUGCUGAGUCUGUGCAGUCAUCAUCUUUAGUGUGAACUUUUUUGCUGAACCCCGAAGCCGCUCACAUGUGCAGCCCGAAUGACCCCCUGCAAUGGCUCUCUAUCGUGCUUGAGUUUCUGUGGACGUCUUCGAUUGUUCCUCUAACAAAAGGGUGGCAAAACUGAAGCAUGCCUGGAGCAGUUGAGGGAUUACGGCCGGUGCGAGUCCGACUGACUUGACCGUCAUUGCCGAUUGCAGAUGGAAUGAAAAGACCGGGAUGUUUCUGGUUUUUUUUUGUAAAAAGAGCUGUUUUCUGUCUCGUCACACUGUCUUUGUAUUUCCCUUGAACCUUCUCUGUGAACUCAAACUUGUGUUUAACAGAUUUUAUAUUCUUACGAGAGCCAUUUGGUCAAAGUGUGUUUUCAUUCAUCCUUUGUGUCUUAGAUGUAGUUAAGUGUCCUGUCAUAAAUGUGAUGUUGAUCUUUGUUUGUCAUUAGGGCCUAAGGCUGGCUGUGGGUUUUGUGGUAUAAAUAUAAUUUCUAAACCCUCUAAAUCAUAAUCACUGAAAAACUGUUUCUAAUUUAUUUCUUUUUCAGUCCACAAGAUAAUGGUAAACACUAAUUCUCCUUUCCAUAUAUGAAGUAAAUAAUUUCAUAGUGCACUGUUUUCCACUUUUAAAAGCUGCCAGAAUCUGAAUCUGAAGCUGAUGUUGGUGCUGCAGCAUGAUGCCAGAUUCAGACCCUUUCCUCUUUGCUUUAGUGUAGUCUAGGUCUCUCCUUUGUCUCUGCUGUUUCUAUCUCAUGCACAGCACACAUAUUGUAAAUUAAAUUCACAAAAAUCCUCGCUCCACAACACGCGACUUUCCCCCUGACUACCAAAAACAAUGUGCUGUGUUUCCUUCUUGUGGAUAAUUAUAAAAAACACAAUUUCAAAAAGGUGCUCUGUAACUAAUUGUGGUGACACACUGUAAAAGGGUUUCUUGGGAAUGUGUAACUUUUCAGAAAAUACAAAAGCUCAGCACUACCAUAUGUGCUGUUCAAAACAAACAUCUUCCACAUGUUACAAGAAAGCGUGUUUGUCUCUCCCACUGUUUGUGUGUGCUUGAGCCUUGUGGGUGCUGUGUGAUCUUCUGAAUGGACCCUGUGGGUGAAUGUAAAGAUCCUCUUCAUUAUGUGUAAUAAAACAUGACCAGCCACUUAACUGAGAAUAAAAAAAUAAAAAUUAUAAAACCAA